GAGAGGUGGUAAUCAAACAAGAACUUGAUGAUGCAGCCGUGUUGGUGGUGAUUGGUGGCCUUUCUUUUCCAGCUUUGCUUUCUUGCACUUGUCAGUGAACUCGGCAUUCGCGUUCCUUGCAUGGUCACCGAAGCACACACAAUACCAUAGGCAUAGAGUUGCCGUCGGUCGUCAGCGCUGCGUACGCGUCCGUUCGUUUGUACACCGUUCCUGUCCAACCGAAAAUGGAGUAAAACAAAGAUGGAGGAAAUUUUUUCGCACUGCCAAGAAAUAUUGCAUUUUCCAAUAGUUCUGUGAUAAAUGUUGAGGACUGGAUCGAUAUAUUAUGGUGUGUUUAGUCUUUAGUAACAUUGGAAGCAUUUUUCCCCGGAGGAAAUUGUGAUUUUGUGAGGAAUUCAGGAAUUGGUGAUACAGAUACCGCACCCGACAUGGAACUAUUAAUAAGUGUAUAUAAAAUUCAGCAAAGCAAACCAAUUACAUGUAAACAUUUUUUCAAUGUGAGGUACUAAAAAAAUGCAAGCAUCAUCGGACGUCAACUGAUUGUAGCUAAAAAAUGUGACAAAUUGUGGUGGAAAAGUUAAAAAAUAUGAUGCCUAUUUGAUUUUGAAUGUGCCUGGAUCCAUCGAUGAUAGCAAACGGCGAAGAAAGCAAGUGAAAAAGCAGUCCCCCAUAUAAGAAAUAACUGUAAGACCAGGUUUGGCCCGAUUUCUCGCAAGUGUUGACCGGUGUGGCAGUAGCAGCGGAAUGAAUCAAUUUGUUCUAAACAAACCGUGAGAGUCUUAUGUGCGGAUGAGUUUCACUGAGGUGUAACGCGUAUGACAACAAAACUCCAAUUAGUCAUUUGAAAAAAAGAGGACAAGCAUUCCUAAGGGGUAAUUAGUGGAAUCGUUUAGGAAGUGACUGUUGCACGCAUUUGUCAAUGCUGACCAAUGAAAGUGUGGAUGGACGAUUUUGAACAAUGGAAACUGAAUCGGUAAAGUCGGAGCCGAGCAGUAAAACAACAAGACGUUCGAGAGGACAUACCGGAGGUAACAAUAGCAGCACACUGGGAUCACACAGGGACCGGACGAGACAUUCUCAUAGGAAUAACCAUUCACGGAACAAACGACCAGAUAUGGCACCGUUUCAGACAAGUGUUAAUAUUGGAGAUGACACUCGCGAUGGUCAAGAAGUGAUAGAGGUACAAAUUUUGCCCCAGGAUGAAACUUGGGGAGAAAAUACAACGGCAAUCACCGGGAACACAUCCGAGCAAAGUAUAUCUAUGGAAGAUGUCAGCUACUGGCAGAUGUCCGAUGAUACUGGCAUAGGAUUUGCUUGUCAGCGAUAUUUAGAGCGUGCACUAUCAGUGUUGCUGUGUGCUGUAGCAUUCCUGAGCCCGCUAGUGAUGGCAGUUUUACCAAAGCUGGGAUUUUUCCCUUCAGCAUUUGACAACCUCGACCUGACACAGAACGACAGGUUACAACUACUGGCAUGCAACGCAGAAUGCAAAGGAAUGCUUGUAUCGUUAGCAGCAAGAAUGCUUCUGCUCGCUAUAGGUCUGUGGGCGGUUUUCGUACGAAAACCUGUUGCCAUCAUGCCCAGGAUAUUCUUCUUCCGAGCAUCCGUUUUGUUGCUGGUGCUGAUUACCACAUUCGCUUACUGGUUAUUUUACAUAGUUCAAGUCACCGAGGGCACCAAGGCGAUCGUAUCCGGUUCGGAGGCUGUUGAUUAUAAAACCUUGGUGUCGUACGCUACUAAUUUCACCGACACACUUCUAUUUGUGCAUUAUGUAGCAGUUAUUUUAUUGGAGAUUCGGCAUCUGCAGCCAAUAUACUACAUUAAAGUGAUUCGAAGUCCUGACGGUGAAUCCCACAGCUACAGUAUAGGCCAGCUCAGUAUACAACGAACUGCAGUUUGGGUACUUCAACGUUACUACACAGAGUUCAGUGUGUACAAUCCAUAUCUAGAGCGCUUACCAGUUUCCAAAUCUCAGCGUAAGGCGCUGUCGUCGUUCAAGUAUUACGAUGUAGAUGGUGCCAAUCCUGCUCAACAGCAAAGUCAAUCUCGAGCUGUGUUGGCGGCCCAUGCCCGUAGACGUGACUCUUCGCACAAUGAACGUUUUUACGAAGAACAUGAGUACGACCGACGUGUCAAGAAACGGAGAGCUCGUUUGGUUACGGCAGCUGAAGAAGCAUUCACGCAUAUAAAACGACUCCAGAAUGACCAACCCCAACCUCAAGCUCCAGUAAUUCCACUAGAUCCUCAAGAAGCUGCUCAAGCCAUAUUCCCAUCCAUGGCCCGAGCCCUGCAAAAAUACCUUAGAGUAACACGUCAGCAACCUCGUCAUACCAUCGAAUCAAUACUGAAGCACUUGGCACAUUGCCUGAAGAAUGACAUGUCUCCAAGGGCCUUCUUGGAGCCAUAUCUCAUCGAAGCACCAGUGCUUCAAAACGACAAAGAACGCCGAACAAAUCACAAUUGGGCUCUGAUUUGCGAUGAACUUUUAUCACGACCCAUCGCGGAUGGGUGCACAUUCCAACUGAUUCAGAACGACGUCUCGUUAACCGUAUCGAUCAACAAAAUUCCUCAUUUCACCAUUAGCGAAGAGGUUGUCGAUCCAAAGUCUAACAAAUUUGUCCUUAAGCUCAACUCGGAAACCAGUGUGUGACCUCCUCGUGCAGGAUACAGUGGUUAUGUUACGGGAAACGCAGUGGAUCUCAGUGAACGAAGGGAGAUCCUUAAGCAUUUGAAUCUCAUCCUGGCCGGAAAGAAGCGCAAUCGUAAGGUUCAGGAUCGAUUAGUCUAGUUCGCUAGUGUAUGAGGAAGUGAGCAAUUAUCAAGUGCUAGAGUGCCUCUGAGGGUGGGAUUUUUUGUCAAGUUUCGUGUUUUUAUGUGCUGUGGAUGCAAUCGUGACGCACUGGCGGCAAAGGGUCGUCAUCAAAAAAGGGACCGUUGUAGGAAGUGUAUAAUUAUAGCUUAAGAUCUAAAACCUUUCGGUUGAGUGUAAUUACGGCUAAGAAAAAUGACCAUGUCGUGCGUUUGUAUCCAUAAGCUCUACGAUCAAAGCGAAUGACAGCGAAAAAGUCACAGGAAAAUAUCAAAUGUUAACUUACGUAUUCGGAGCACGUUCGACGACGAAAAAUAUGUCUGCAGCGCCCAAGCCUUUUCCAAGAAAAUUGCUUCAUUAACCAUUCUCCUGUAGACCCGAAGGUAAAACAGAAUAGCAGAAAAAAUACUUGUACCGCCCGAUCCAAGAACACGAGCAAACAUAAUAACAAAUUAUUAAUUUAAAUCAUAAUACGCUUCUGGGGAUUUGCAUAUCAUUACGAAAUCAAAUCAGCUACACAUACAAUACCCACUAGAGUUGAAAAAAAUAUCAUGUACUCUCUUCAAAAGAGAGGACACAAAAGUAAUCGCACUACUGCCGUGGAAGAUACCGAUCACAAAAAAAGUCAUCAUAAGCAAAAACAAAAAUAUGGUCAGAAAAGAGAAGAACAAAGACCACUGCCAGAGUAGUUCAUAUUUUUUGGCACGGUCAUUCAAUGGCAAAAAAAACCUCCGUCAACGUAGUGAGCUUGAUUGGUUACAUUUUUAUCGUGAUUUGGUUUUUAUCAUACAUCACUCUG